AUGAGUGCAAACCCUAGUGGAAAUAACAACGGCGGUGGAGGCAGCAGCAGUGGAAGCAGUGGCGGCGGUGGUAGUCCAUGUGGGGCAUGCAAGUUCUUGAGGAGGAAGUGUGUAGCUGGGUGCAUAUUUGCACCAUAUUUUGAUUCGGAACAAGGUGCAGCACACUUUGCAGCUGUCCAUAAAGUGUUUGGAGCCAGCAAUGUGUCGAAGCUUCUCCAACAUAUUCCGGCAAACAAGCGGCUUGACGCGGUGGUUACGAUAUGUUAUGAGGCUCACGCGAGGCUUCGGGAUCCCGUCUAUGGCUGUGUUGCCCACAUCUUCGCCCUUCAACAACAGGUGGCGAAUCUGCAGGCAGAGCUCUCUUACUUAAAAGCUCAUCUGGCGGCGCUGGAGCUUCCAACACCUCCACCACUGCCGCAGCCACUGUUAAUACCAUCCGCAACCCAAUCUAUAUUCGACUUGCCAACAGCGCCACCAACCUAUGAUUUAUCAUCACUAUUUGAUCCAGUGGUGACAAUGCCGUCAAGGCAAGUUGAUCAUCAUCUGCUUGGUGCCGCCAGAGCUCCGCCUGAGAUAUCAUCAUCAGCUGGUGGCGGAGGUGGAGGUGGAGGCGAUCUUCAAGAACUGGCUCGUGAACUGCUGUGCAGACGUGGGCCUCCAACUGUAGAAGCUUCAUCUUUGCCAGACCACUCUAAAGGCAACUUAUGUAACAAGGAUCAGAAUAUUGUUAGUUUUGUUACUUUGCCAUUUCAGAGAAGAUAUUCUGAGAGGCAGCAUUUGGUUGAUGUAACUGAGAUCUUCAACCAGCUUCCCUGGGAGAAGAAGCGAAGGUUGUACAAGCUUGGAUAUAUUGUGAUAAUUCUAGCCUUGUCAAUAUUCUGGAUGAUUUGGAGCAUCGUGGAUGAGUGA